AUGCUUGAGACUAAAAAAUACUUAGAAGUGUUCAAUAAUGAGGAAGAUUGUAAAGAGAAAAAUUGUUGUCAAUAUAUAAACUACUUGUUAAAUUAUAUGGUGCGCAAUUAUUAUAGUUCAAAUCAAUUGAUUUUUAAUAUAUAUAAUACUUAUAUGAACCAUAAGAAUAAUAGCAACAUAAAGAAUUUCUGUUUAACGGAAAUAAAUUACUUGAAUUCCUAUAAAUAUAAUAAAAUCCAUUUGCUAUAUACUGCGUACGAGAGGUGUCAGUUUUAUAUUUCUAAUAAGAAUGCUAGUAAUUCAUGUAAUCUUGCUAAACAAUGCGAACGCGCAUAUAAUGGUAUUAUAAAUCCUAUAUAUACAAAACGUGAUGAUACUAAAUUUUGCAAAAUAUUAAAGGAUCUUAAUGAUUAUCUUAUACAGAAUGAACCCAUAUCAACAGGUGAUUGCGGUUCGAUAUUUUCAGAUUCACUUUAUUAUUAUUCUGAAUGUUAUGAACUACUCAAUAAUGCAGAAGAACUAGGUGCAUCUACGGAACAAAGAAAUGGAAGAUUGGAAGUAGCAGAAGAAAUACAAAACGUAGUUACAGGAGAAGCACCACGAGAACAGAAAUAUGAAUCAUCUGUAGUAUAUGCACCUGGG